ACUUCCAUUGUGUUCAUGAUUAUACUUUUCUAGCUUUCUUUAAUUCUUACUGUACUUCCACAUCUUACUUUUGUUCCUGACCAAAGUUUUCUAACUUUCUGUGCAUAUGACUUGAGAUCCCCGAGUCAGAAAUUUUCAGAAGCUUUCGGUGAUUUGUGUCUUUUCAGAAGUUCUCAGAAUCGGAAAAUAAAGCACGUAUUUACUUUUGGAACAACAUAGGUACGAUGAAUGAAAACCAAAUUGUUGUUAGGCAUGAAUCAGAAGGUGGCAAGACUCCCACAACGCGUGACGAAUCACAAGAUGUUAGUACGAUUACAAAGACCAUUAAAGGCCGUGGUCCGUCAAAAGGUGUUAAAGUCGCUAAGCCUAUGUUCCUUGAGUAUAAUGUAUAUAAUGUCCCCGAUGGACAAUGGUCUCAUGAAUACGGGAAGCAAGUUGGGAGUUGUGCUACUAGAAUUAAUAUUAACGUCCCAUUAUAUCCAAAGGUAGAUGAGCAAAUCAAGAAGGGGUUUUGGGAGGAGACUAAGCUUAUGUUCCACAUUACUGAUGAUUCUAAUCAUUCGAGGGAGAAAUAUUUUCAUUCUUGUGUGGCGAAACGAUUUAGUUGUUUCAAGAGCAAGUUGGUGCGCCGAUGGAUAACUAUGAAGGAAAAGAAGCCAAAAAAUCAAACAAACAAGAUGCCUUGGGAUGUCUACAACCAUAUCACAGAGGAUGAUUGGAAGACUUUUGUUAAAUAUUAUUUCCUGCCAGAGUCAUUGCUUCGUAGUGAAAAGGCGAGGAAAAGUGCAUCAUGCAACAAGAACCCACAUCGCACCGGCCAAAAGGGUUAUAAUAGAAAGCGACUAGAUUGGAUAAAGGAUGGACGACUUCCACCAGAUGCAGCUUUACCUAUCUCGAGUAGCUCCUCGGUGAACUCAUCAGUGACCUCAAAUGUUAAUAGAGUUAGAAAAUACAGAUCAAAGGAGUGGAUUUUGGCCCAUCAAGUACAAAAUAAAGAGGAAAAGUGGGAAAUUGACCCGAACGAUACAGAAGUUGUUGAAAUCGCAACAAAAGCUUUAGAGUACAUCGCAGAAGAGGAAAAAGGAAAUCUUUCUUUCGAACAGGGUGAGGAUGCCCUCACUAAAGCUAUAGGGAAAAAAGAUCAUCGUGGGCGUGUCAAGGGAACAGGUGGCAUGGUUGGUAUCAAAAAGGCUUUCGGUCCGUGUAUUCGACAUAGUAGAAGUGACCAUGGUGAAGCUUCAUCAGAAAAUUACGAAUCAAUCAGAGCUUCUGUGAAAAAGGAGUUUGAAGGUGAAUUAGAGAAAAGGGUAGAGAAGAGGGUGGCAGAGGCCCUCCAAAAGCAACUAAGCACCUUGUUAAAAACAGGACAACUAAACUCCAUUUCUACCCCGAUACCUGAUGACCUCCACUUAAAUGAUUCUGCCAGAGUUGACCUUGAUGUUAGUGCUACAAGAACCACUCGUCACAUCUUAGUGCCGCAACCACGCGAGCUAAAUGUACGACGUAGUCACUCUUUUUUAACAUAGUUGCUUGAUCCUUU